GCUUACGAUUCGGCACAUGUAUCGAAGCUCGGGUUACGAGAGCGCUAACGCUGAGAGUUUUGAAAGACGCAAGAUUAGUUAUUGUAGCUUCGAAUGCAUAUAAUAUUAACUGCGUCGGUCCAUGCUUCAGCUGAGAAUGAAAGAGGCGACAGAAAAUCAUGGACAGACCCGAGCACUUGGAGUACACUGGAAUAAAGGUGGGUCAGAAUUGAAGGUUUUCCCACAGCGAAGCACCUCUGUUCUCCAUGAGACCCCGAUGAAGCCCUCUCAGGUCCCAAACCAGCUGUCACACGUACUACACAGGAGAAUGCUGCCACUGCAAAGCCCUGAAUUGUGUCACAAAGAAAGACUGGAUCCAUUAUGCCACCUUUCUCAAUCUCCAGCACCAAUUCAUUCAUCAAUGAACCCAGUUAAGGACAAACAACAUGGGGCAUCUUCAGAUCAAGCCUUAAUUCCAGAGUAUUUCAACUGCUCAUCUCACAAGCGGUGCAGGGAUCCUGAAGACCAUGAGAGCGGUGCCAAGAAAGUAUGUAUCCAGCUUGCAAGCUCCAGCAGUCCACAGACACCAAAAUCCACUUGUGGCAAAGCACUCAGCAGUUUGAUAUCCAAAACUUCAAGGCAUUUGCCAGGUUUGGAUCCGUCACCCAAAAACAAAGCCCACCAACGCACAGAACCGGCUUCUGGCCAAUUAUCCUUGGAGCAGUCAUCCCAAUUUAAACAUAGCCAGUUGUCCUGUAAAUCAUCAGUGGCCACAGGUCAUCUAUCUCCCCAACCAUCACUGGGGGCAAAGCAAGCCUACAUCGAUGGAACUCAUACUGGCAUUGUGAAGUUAAUAGCAAUGAAGUCACCCUCAAAGAGACAGGAAGAAAGAAUAGAGAAAAGCAGUGUAGGUAAUAAUGAAAAGGAUAGUCCAAAAUCCUUAUCUGACAAGGUUCUCCAUAAGGACAAUGGUAGGCCACAUAGUGCUGAACUACGUAGACAACAACCUGUUCUUACUGAACAAAGCAAAUCGGAUUCAGUGGGAAAGACCCUCAGCAAGAUUAAUCGUGUGCAAGAAAACACAAUAUGGCACAGUACUACUCCCAAAGUAAGUGCAGUGCAAAAUUGUGGUUCAGUGCAACGGAACAAAACUGCACGGCUAAGAAAAUCAUCUGUAAUCCCGGAUGACAUCGCAGAUCUUUUUACCCCUGACCCAGUAACUUAUGUAUUAAAUUCUGUACAUAAAAUAGCAAGGUCUACAAUAGACAAGGGAAAAGUCACAUUGUCCACAUGUGAAGCAAGUUGCUCACCAUGUACUCUGACCACCUCUAGUCCCCAUUACACCAGCUCUCCCUGUCUCAAAGUGCAAGACUCUACAAACAGUUGUUCUUCGCAUACAGGGGGCACUAAUGUCUCACCAAAAAUUUCACCAAACAUCUCCAUGCCAAGUGUGUGUUUACAGCGGCUAAAGCCUGAACACCCACCAUCACUUCACUCUAAAAACAAUAGGCUCAAAAACAGCCUCAGACAUUCAUCAGAGAGUCAUGUUAAAGGUAAUAGUGUUACAUCUCCUGAGAAACACAACUCCUGUAUUAUCCCCAAGACUGUGCAGCAUUCUGCUUUAGAGGCAGAUACUGUAAUCCCUGAGCAAAGUUCUACACCUCGUCAUUCUUCUAAGAUGGGUAAUAAGCAGGCUGAUAAAGAGAGUGAACAACAGGAGAGGUUGGUGGAACAUAUUGAUGAAGAACUGGACCUAGACUUGAGCUUUGCAGUAGAUGUAGAUAUAAGAGAGAAUUCCCAGAGCAGCGAGGAGGAGCAGCUGCUUUCUUUGCAGGAAAUGAUGGAGAGCAUCACCAAAUCUCCUAAAACGCCAGAGAAGGGAGACUUCUCAGAACCGAGCACACCAGGAACCAUAAGCUACAAGUCAAAGCCUCAACCGCUGUGCUCGACCAUAAAACCAGGUGUCUAUAAGAACAGCCUCGAUCAGAUGCUGAAAGACAUAAAUACAAACAAAAGAGUAAAGGAGUUUGAGACAGAACUGCGCUCUGCAUGUGAUGCUGCUCUGUUGAUAAUAUCUGAAUGUGAGAAUACUGAUGACAACCUAGAAGAUUCCAUUUCAACUGAACACCAAGAAUUCCUGAAACACUACUUACUGCAGUCCAGUGGCUUCAGAGAAAUUCCACCAGGAGAAAUGGUAUUCAACCUUGAGAAGUUUGGCCGGAUCUUCAACCAGCAUACGUUGGAGCUGAGACAAUGCACAGUCAAUCCACAAACAGUGGCACAGAAAACACUUGUGUGGUCCAGCCCUGCACAGCUUCAAUUGUAUGUUAGUAUUGGUUUAUUCCAAGAGGCCUACAACUCUUGCUUUCCCUGUCCAACACAGGUCACUCGAUUCUUAUUCAGGAUGAUGUCAGUCCAUAAUGAGAGAUUGAUGUCUGCAAAGAUACUUCAGAUCCUUUGUGACAUCGCUUGCGUUGCAGCUUGUCAGAGAGUGAAAAAUGGAAGUCCAGAGUUUAAGGUUUGGGUGCCCAGUUUGGCUGAUGUGACUCUGGUCCUGAUGAAUAUGGGAGUUUCCUUUGUCACCCUCUUUCCUUCUGAGGACAUGCAGCCACCAUUUACAGAGGCUGAUUUGCUAGAUUACGUCAUUGUCAAAAGUGAGAGUCCUUCCAGCAACAAAGAGCAAAGAGCGUUUCCCACACACAACUGUGACAACGUCUUUAAGUACUUGGCACAUUGUAUGGGCCUGUGUCCUAAAGCGUUCAGUGAUGAUGAGCUGCUUUUGCUUUUAACUGUGACUACUAUGGUGGGCCUUGACACAAGGCUUAUCCUCGGAUCCAGUAAAAAUCUGCAUUUUCUACAGCAUGAAAUGGUUAAAAACAUCAGAUGUUGGGACACCGUGUGGCCCAGAAUCUGUCUGGCCCUAACUGAGAUGACUGAUGAUCAUCACAACAUGCGUCACCUCGUACAGCUGCUGCCUGACAACAAACGUGGAAAGCAGCUACGUAGAAAUCUCAGUCUGUCUAUGAUCUCUAAACUGUUGGAUGGAACCUGCACUUACAGACCUACUGGAAAAGAGCUCCAGAUUUCUGAUCUAAGGCGGUACCUGCCCCGCAUGAAACCCUCCAGCCUUCAACAAGUCUUGUUCAACUCCACCAUCAAAACUAAGACAAAAGAGGAUGAUGAGGAUGACAAGACCACUCUGGACCAACAGGCCUACUACCUCUGCUAUAGUCUUCUGACAUUGACAAAUGAAGCAACCAGGUUUAAGUUAUUCCCAGCUAAUCAGCAGGAGGAGCUACAUUUUCUGUGCGCUGAACUUGAAGCAUACAUUAAGUCUGACAUCAGAGAAAGUGAGAAAUGCCUGUAUCGUAGCAAGGUGAAGGACCUCGAGGCCAGGAUCUACACCAAGUGGCAGACUGUUCUAACGAGGACCAGGCCUCCCCAUGAUAAGCUGUAUCAUCAUUGGCAGCCUCCAACAAAUAACAGACUGACAGGCACCCAAGAGCAAACGAGGGACAACCGUAAUGAAGACGAUAAGGCUGUGUCUGAGGAAGAGACUGAGAUGGAAGAUGAAGACGAUGAGUUUGUGAUGGAUGCUGUGGAGGUAAGGAUUGAGGCGGAAAAAGAAAGGAAUCAGGAGGAAAAUGUAGAACAUCCACAACAGGAUAACACAGUUGAUGACUCAAACAAGAAAAAAGAAGACUGAUCGAGCUGGAGCCCUGUUAUAUACAGGAACUCCAAGACUAUGAUUGUGUCAACACUGACAGGAAACACCUUUUGUUGGCACUUGUAAAAGUGUGAGGCGUAUCCAGGUAGAAACGUUUGAGUGGUGUCGGUUUUUUCAGGGCUUUAAAUAUAGUGCCUCAGACAGAAACCCAAUUAGCACUUUACCUGGUGUGUUUUGUCUUCCAGCUACUGUUUUUUGAACUUUUUAUUUAAAUUGUUCUGUAUUAAAUCUGGCAAUUUGUGCCAGUGUUUUUGAGUGUGCAAUUGAGACAGAGCAGUUUUAAAAAGUCUUUUGUUUCUUUAUAAGUGACGUUUAGUGGUUAUCUUUGAGUGCACCUCCCAGGCCCUAAGACACAAAAUGUUUUUACUCAUUGGUUGCAGUGUUGGCUUGUAAUUCCAAUAAAAAGCAAUUUUAUAUGCAGAACAUACUUGAAUAUGUACAAUAUAUUUGUUGGUCUGAUUGCUGUAUUUGUACUCAUGUAAAUAGUUAUGUUUGGAACAGUAUUUUUUUAAUUAAAAAUGUUUUUUGUACUACUGUUGCUAAAUACAGAGAAUAAACUGUUUCCAAAUGACUGUUUUGCACAUUUUAUUGAACAUGUUU